AUGACUCUUGAAAGAAUGGACGAGUUAGAGUCUAUGGAAACUUCCUAUUCUAAGAGCAUAGCGAGCUCAACUCAUGAUGGCAUUAGUAACACGGAGAAAAAGCAUAGUUUACAACAGAACAUUGAUAGUCUCGAGUCAGAAGGCGUAGUCGAGACGGGAGAAGUAGUCAAUGUCAUUAACAAAAGCGUUGAAAAAGGUGCACUCAAAAAAAUGGACCUCGUCAUUUCGCCCAUCAUCGCCUUUUUGUAUUUGAUGGCCUUUUUGGAUCGCUCAAACAUUGGCAAUGCUUCUGUCGCUGGCAUGACAGAGGAUUUGAAUCUCUAUAAUGAACGACUCAAUGUUGCCAUUAGUAUCUUUUAUGUCCUGUACAUACUCGUCGAAACGCCCAGCGUCAUUCUUGUAAAACACUUCCGACCCUCCCGCAUGCUGGCCUUCAUUUCAUUUGCAUGGAGUAUAGUUGUCCUAUUUUCUGGUUUUAUUUCUAGCUAUGGCGGUCUCAUCGUUACCCGCCUUAUUCUUGGUCUGCUGGAGGGCUGCUUGUUUCCUGCCCUCAAUCUUUAUUUGACUACUGUUUACACGAGAGAAGAACAGUGCCAGCGUCUAUCUUACUUGUUUUGCGCUUCUGGCUUAGCUGGCGCCUUUGGUGGUCUCUUUGCCUACGCUCUUGAACAAGUCCAUGUCGGGGUUCCUCUUUCACUCUUUUUACUACCCGACGACAUGGAAAAGUCUUGGUUCUUGAAUCCUCAAGAAAGACAAGUUGCUAGUCUUCGCAAGGAAGCUAAUCUACGAUACUUGGGUCAACAGAAAUUUGAAUGGAAAGAAGUUCGCAAAGCUUUCAAAGAUCUCAAGGUAUAUGUAUCUGCUACUAGUCAGUUUUGCGCAGAUAUGGUCUUGUAUGGCUUUUCCUCCUUCUUACCAACUAUUGUCAAAGGAAUAGGAUUUACAGGUCUUCAAUCAAAUUACAUGACAAUCCCUGUAUAUAUCGCCGGAGUUAUUGCUUUUCUCAUAGCUGCAAAUGCCUCGGAUCGUACAAAGAUUCGUUCGCCCUAUUUAAUAAGUGCUUCUAUCAUUGCAGCCGUCGGCUACAUAAUUCUUAUAGCUAGCAAUUCAAAUGCAGCCAAGUUCACAGCUUGUUUUAUUGUCGCCAUUGGUUGCUAUAUAGGCCCAGGCAUGAAUUUGGGUUGGCUCAACAAUAAUGUUGCAGGACACUACAAACGAGCGACUGCAAUUGGAAUUCAACAAACCAUUGCCAAUAGUUCUGGUAUUGUUGCCGGUCAAAUAUACCGGUCCACAAAUGCUCCCCGGUAUAUUCUGGGUCAUUCUUUUACCCUGGGUUGUGUUUUAGUAGGUUUAAUCGGUUAUAUUGUCCUAUUCUUUUCCUUAAGAAAUGCUAAUAAAAAACGUGACGAACGAUGUGCCCGUGGUGAGUAUGAUCCUACUUUGACUGGAGAUUAUGCUGAUGAUUUUCGCUACUAUUUGUAA